AUGCGUGGCGGAUUUGGUCGUGGAGGUGGUGGGCGUGGCGGAUUUCGAGGCGGCGGCAGGGGUGCUGCUGGUGCCGCUGGACGAGGCCGUGGAUUUGGCUCACGAGGCGCUGGAAGGGGCGGCCCGGGGCGUGGAGGGCGUGGAGGAGGACGGGGAGGCCGCGGCGGAGGCGCCGGCGCCAAGGUUGUUGUGGAACCUCACAUGCUUCACCCUGGUGUAUUUAUUUCCAAAGGGAAGGCGGAUUCGCUUUGUACCCUGAACAUGGUUCCCGGAGUCUCCGUUUACGGAGAAAAAAGGAUCGAACUAGGGGCAACGCAAGGUGGCGAUGAAAAGAAAGAGUAUCGACUUUGGAAUCCAUAUCGUUCAAAGCUCGCCGCCGCUAUUUAUGCUGGUGUUGGAAGUAUUCAUAUGAAACCCGGCUCAAAGGUUCUUUACCUGGGAGGUGCAAGUGGUACGACGGUGAGUCAUGUAAGCGAUCUGGUGGGACCCGAAGGGAUGGUUUACGCGGUAGAGUUUUCUAACCGCAGCGGUCGUGAUCUCGUGGAUAUGUCGAAACGACGACCAAACAUUGUUCCCAUUAUUGAGGAUGCACGUUAUCCGAUGAAGUACCGAAUGCUUGUACCGAUAGUGGAUUGCAUUUUCAUGGAUGUUGCCCAACCAGAUCAGGCACGUAUUCUUGCCCUAAAUGCCCAGGCAUUUUUGAAGAAUGGAGGACACUACGUCAUUUCAAUCAAGGCGAACUGCAUUGACUCAACCUUGGAAGCUCCGGUUGUGAUUGCGUCCGAAUUGAAUAAACUAAGAAAGGACCGUUUAAAGCCAUUAGAGCAGGCUUCACUGGAGCCAUUUGAGAGAGACCACGCCGUUGUAGUUGGAGUCUAUCGAUCCGUUAAGAAGUCGACCGAAUGA